AUGCAUGCGUCUGAGUGAGCCAUUAGUAUUAGGUCUAUUUGCUUUGGUUCAUUAGGUUCCGCCUCUGAAGUCCAAACAACCACAGAAAGAGAGAGAAAGAGAAGAGAGAGAGAGAGAGAGAGAGAGAGAGAGAGAGAAUGGCGUCGAACGCAGCAGUGCCGUUCUGGAGAGCGGCGGGGAUGACAUACAUAACCUACUCCAACAUCUGCGCUAAUCUCGUGAGGAAUUGCCUCAAAGAGCCUCACAAGUCCGAAGCCCUUUCCCGUGAGAAGGUCCAUUUCGCCGUCUCCAAGUGGGCCGACGGCAAGCCUCAGAAACCCACCUUGCGUUCAGAUACGGAGGAAGAAUGAGCCCUAGGAAGUUGAUGCUUCCCAAUUCGCUUGAAGGAUAUGCUCUUUCUGGUUCAAGUUUAUUUCUAGUAUUCUUUCAGUUUUGCUGGUUUUCCUUGUAUUGGCUUGUCAUACCCAUACGUUUCCUAUAAUAAGUUGUGAAUUGCACUCUAUUUUGGGCCAUCUGUUUCUGAAAACCGCAAAGUGUUGGCAUUCAUCACUCUACAGAGUCAUUUAAAAGCUUCAGGUUAUGUUUUGUUAAAAGUGAUGGAAUGGUAAUGGUAAUACGAAUAGAAUGCAAAAAUAAACUAUUUC